ACUGCUGCAGAAGUGAGUUCUAAGUGCAUACAAGCUCAUGAUACUUGGCGCAUAUAUAACGCUGUCCUCGGCGUUUGGAUUGGCAGUGAUAAAGAAUUGUUUUGACUCGCGAGUGGCAUGUUUUGACGUAGGUCGUCAAUCGCGGAAAAACUAUUGGAAACAAAAGAGCAAACGGCUAGAUUUCAAACAUAUUCAACUGUUUAGUUUGUUAGUGUAUUGUAAGCUUUGUCAUUAACAAGAAGAACGUCGCGUAUAACAGGUCAACGUUUUGCCAAAACAUUAUUACCAAGAGCGACGUUAUACUUCACGUCUAUGACGCCGAUAACGUUUCAAGCGGACGACGAAGAUGCUGUUUAUUGGGUGGAAAUUAUCCCGGCUGCAGUGGUAUCCAUAGGUCACAAGAAAGAAUGCUCGGGCAAGGAUUGUAACUGGAAACUUAUGGGAAAUUCGACGUCAUCACCUGACGUUGCGUUAUGUCCACAAAACCCGGAAAACGUUCAUGAGCGAAUUAAACAAGCUGUGUUAAUUCCGUUAACGAUUUUAAUCAUCAUUACAAACCUUAUAGUGUUCGGGUUCAUCGUUACGAACAAACGUUUUCAUACGCCGACGUACAUUUUCAUCGGAUCUCUGGUUAUUGCUGACCUUUUCGUUGGAUUUGUUUCCAUAGUAACGGUGGUUACUAAGGCAACAGAAAGAAGCCAGAUGGGAUGUCUUGCACGUAUAGGAUUUACGGUGGCCGCCAUAUCAGCAUCGGUCUGGUCGUUGACGUGUGUCGCUAUUGACCGUUACAUCGCCGUCACACGCGCUUUGGUGUACAGGACCGUCAUGACGAAGAAAAAAACGUUUAUUGGAAUAACGUGGAGUUGGUUGUUUUCUAUGUUUAUCGGAUUUUUACCGUUAAUGGGCUGGAAAAGUAGCCCGGAGAAUUAUGGAUUCUAUUGCUCGUUUAUGUUUGUUUUGCCAAAAUAUUACAUCAUAUUACUUUUCUCGGUGUCUGCCGUAAUUCCGAUCGGAAUCAUGUUUACCGUCUAUGGAAUUUUAUUCAAAAGCUCCAGGUUUCAUAUAAAACAGAUUGAAAUUAUUGAAAAGAUACAGUCGGACAAACGGAACAGCGGGAUUUUCGGUAUUUCCACACGGACGUUACGGUCAGUGAAAACGUUUUCAGCCGUUUUAGGCUGUAUUGUGGUCACGUGGCUCCCUCUCAUCCUAGCAACUGUUGUACAGCUAGUCAUUGGCGACUGUGAACUGCAAGAAAUCAUCGGAACACAUUUACUGGUCCUCGGCUUCACGAACUUUUCUGAAUCCUCUUAUAUACGCGCUGGGAACCAAAGAUUUUCGAACGAAAGUCUCGCUUCUGUGUAAAGGACGUUGUUACGUGACAGACUCUCAAGUGUUUCCGAGUGGAAACAGUACCAAUGGACGUUCGUAGACAUACAGUUGUGA